UGUAAGCGGUUUUCAUCUACUUCGAAGAUGGCGAGUGCUAGAAGAAAGCCUAAAUUAGAGAACAUUCCUGACACACCAAAAGAGACCAGGGUGAAGACACGUCAGAAAAAAAAGAAGACGGAGAAGGAGGAGGGACAAGAGUCUUGUCCUCAGGUGAUAGUUCCUCUGGAUAUGGUCCCUGUACCCGAGGAGCAGAUGCCUGCCCUUACUGAGCCUCCUGUCCUAUAUGAAGAAGUCAGCACGACCGUUACGACUACAACUGACUCUGAGGCAGUGUUGGCGUCUUGGUCCAUAUUUGCAGCCAAUGCUAACAAGAACAAGGCUCUGCAGUCCAUUACAACAUCUGAGACCUAUGGGGAAUUGUGGUGUGUGGUCCACGGGAGAAGCCUUCCAGCAGACUCAACAGGUUGGGUUCGGCUGCAGUUCCACGCUGGACAAGCCUGGGUACCUGAGAAGAAGGGGAAAGUGAUUGCCCUCUUCCUGCUGCCAGCCUGCACCUUUCCACCCCCACACCUGGAGGACAACAUGCUGUGCCCCACGUGUGUUCACAAGAACAGGGUCCUAAAUAAGAGCCUCCAAAGAUAAAGGGAAUCUCAGGUGUGGGCUAUCAUUACCUUCUCCUUGGAGUGAGUUACGGAACUGCAGCCAAGACUGAGACUGAUGAAAAUUCACAUCUGUGCCCUUGAAAAUGCCCGGAUCAGCCAGAAGCCAUGAGGCCUUGUUUGUUAUUUGUUGCUAUAGUACUUAGCAGCUUGGAAAAAGAGCCAGUGAAGCCACAAAACGCAGCAGGUCCACCUCUUCAUUUUGAGGACUACAUACA